AUGUCCUCAAUCACACCAUACUCAUCUCAGGACUUUGGCUAUCCGUUGAUGCUCGAAGAUUACAUCCCGGUCCCUCCUCUACCCACUACUGUCGCAGAUCAGUGCGCUUCCUGUCGUGCUCCUGGCGCGAAGAAGAUAUGUGGCCAAUGCAAGAGCAUGCUCUAUUGCUCGCCAGCCUGUCAAGAACGCGACUGGGUCUCCAGCCACAAGCUCGCCUGCAAGCCCUACGCCAAAGCCAUCAAACAACCCAUUGGCAACAACAUGCGACGCGUUUUGCACUUCCCCGUUGACUCAGCCAAACCUGUCUUCUCCGUUCUGGCGUUCAAUGAGGAAGGUACGGUAAGCGGCCUUAGUUAUCAUUUCCCCGGUGUGCCGUCCCAGGAGAUCAAGAAACUAUCAUUCCACAACCGCUACUUUCCGUACUUCAUCCAGAUCAAUUACGACAUGAAUGCGAAGGGAGAGCGUGCACUUGUAGAGAACAAGAGCCUUGGACUGCCGUUUCGCGGUCCAGUCGUCGUCUUGGCAUAUGACCUGGACGUUGCGCUCAGUGGUCCAGCGUUGAACGCUGAUGCCUCGAUCAUGCGGCCGUUGAUGGAGUACGUUGAGCUGUUGCGCGAGUACGAUGGACCGAAGUUUGUGGAGCAGCCGCAGCAGAGGUAUACGGAGGCAAAGUUGGGCAUUAUUAUGGGAUCGGCAUCUUCGUCUGGUGGAGAAAGGGCAUGA